CCAGGCAGGAGUUUGGCCCCACAGGCAUGCAGGGUUAUGCUCCGGUUACAGGAAUGUGUCAGCUGCAUCGGAGCUGUGUCCUUGUUCUAGAAGAUGGCUUCUCCUCGGCUUUUGUUGCUGCACAUGAGACAGGACAUGUGCUUGGCAUGGUGCAUGAUGGCGAGAUGAAUGAGUGCGUGGAUGAUGCCCCGCUGGGUAGCAUCAUGUCUCCGAGGGUCCAGGCGACCUUCUACCGUUACCACUGGUCCAGUUGUAGCUGGAGGGAGCUGGGCAGGUACCUGAGCACCUAUGACUGUCUACGUGAUGAUCCCUUCAGCCACGACUGGCCCACUCAGCCUCAGCUACCGGGCUUUCAGUACUCCAUGGACCAACAGUGUCGCUUGGACUUUGGGCCAGGAUUCAGCGUGUGUACUACUUACAUGACCCCUGACCCCUGCAAGCAGCUAUGGUGCAGUGACUGGAACAACCCAUCUUUCUGUACGACCAAGAAGGGCCCGCCACUCGAUGGGACAAAGUGUGGACCAGGGAAGCACUGCUUUAAAGGUUUCUGCAUAAAGCUGACACCAAGCCUGCUGAAGCAGCAUGGAAGCUGGGGAACAUGGAGUCCAUUCGGCAGCUGCUCCAGGACCUGCGGGGGUGGGGUCAGGUUUCGGACCAGACAGUGUGACAACCCACCUCCAGCCAACGGAGGGCGCACCUGUUAUGGGAACAGCUAUGAGUUCCAGCUGUGCAGCCAAGAGGACUGUCCUCCCUUGACGGAUUUCAGGGAGGAUCAGUGUAAAGCCUGGAAUCCCUUUUUGGAACAUGAAGGAAUGAAACAUCACUGGCUUCCAUAUGAGCAUCCUGACCCGGAUGAGCGCUGUCGUCUCUACUGUCAGUCCAAGGAGACGGGCGCCGUGGUGUCCAUGAACAGAAUGGUGCAUGAUGGGACGCUGUGUUCCUACUACGACGCCCACAGCAUCUGCGUCCGAGGAGAGUGUGAGCAUGUAGGAUGUGACGGUCAGAUCGCCUCCGACCAGCAGGAGGACCAGUGUGGCGUCUGUGGAGGAGAUGAUUCCAGAUGCAAUGUUGUCAAAGGAAACUUCACCCGAAGCACCAAGAAGCUAGGUUACCUGAAGAUGCUGGACAUUCCCAAAGGAGCCAGACGUGUCGUGAUCCAGGAGUUUAAGGGAACCCCUCACAUUCUCGCCGUAAAGAACCAGGAGACGGACCACCUCUUUCUCAAUGAUGAACAUGAGAUUCCUGAAAGCCGAGUGCUGAUUGAGAAGGGUGUGGUCUGGGAAUACAACAAGACUGGUGAGCAGGAGUCCAUCCAGACCACUGGUCCACUGAAGUACGGGGUCACACUCAUGGUCCGUUCUCAUCUGGAUUCCAAGGUGACCGUGUCUUAUAAGUACAUCAUUCAGGAUCAUAUCCUUUCUUCGCUCGAGUCCAACCUGGUCCAGGAAGAAGCUCUUAUCUAUGAGUGGGCUCUAAAGAAGUGGUCCUACUGCACCAAGCCCUGUGGUGGAGGGACUCAGUACACCAGGUUCGGCUGCAGGAGGAAGGCUGAUGGGAAAAUGGUUGAGAGGAUAUAUUGCUCUGACAUCAACAAACCCAGACCCAUCAGCCGCAAGUGCAACACCGAAAGCUGCAAGUCUCCUCGAUGGGUGACUGGAGUGUGGGAGGCCUGCAGUGCCUCGUGUGGUCUUACUGGGUGGCAGCGGCGCUGGGUGAGCUGCCACCAAGAGUCCAGCAGCGAGAAACAGCAGCGCUCCGUCAACAGCAAACUCUGUGGUGAUAACCGGCCAGAAUCCAAACAGACGUGCAACCGGUUUCCCUGUCCCGCAGCCUGGAGGGCCGGGCCCUGGACCCCUUGUUCGGUCUCCUGUGGAAACGGGACUCAGGAUCGUCAGGUUGCGUGUUUGAAUCCUGAAGGUUCAACUGGAAACUGCAGUGAUCCUCAGCCAAUAGCAACGCGCUCCUGUCAGGCCCCGCCCUGCAAUGGAGAUACGAAGAACGCCAUCAUCCAGUGGCUUUCCAGAUCCAACCCAAACUUCCCGGCCCCCCCGAUGUCGUCCAGGCAGCGGUGCCGUGGUGACCGCUCUGUAUUUUGCCGGAUGGAGGCAUUGAGUCGGUACUGCUCCAUCCCCGGAUACAGACAGAUGUGCUGCAAGUCCUGCAGCGAGAGAAACGUCAGCAGCUCCGAGGGUUUCAGCAACUCCAGCAACUCCAGCAACUCCAGCAACUUCAGCAACUUGAGUCCCACAAACAGGUCCUGGGAGGUGACUGAAAGGAUGAUGUCAGUAACCAUGUCUACCUCACCGGUUAGUGAUGUCACCAGUGAUGUCAUCAGCACACCACCCACCACCACCAAGAGCAGCUCCGACUUUGUCUAUGUGGAAUACGAUUACGAGUUUCUGAAAUAUGACGACUCCCCUCGCUUGUCUGAGAUCCCGGCUACCAGUGCUGCCAUCUCUACCCCCCUGGUUACUCCCGCUGCUACAGCCGCUAGAACAGCUGCUACAAGGCACCCAGUAACGUCUGCUCCAGUGCAUUUAUUAAACAAGGAAGAUCCCCAAGUGUCCUUAGUCACAGUUAAUCCGGCACCGAUCAGAACAUCAGUGUCCGCUGAACACAUGAUCCCCACCGCACCGUCAGUACCAGCACUCUCAGUACCUGCGUCACAGAAGGAGAACCACUCCGUGAAUGAGGUUCAGUACCGGAUGAUGAGGACGGACAGCAACUCCACCAGAGAACAGCAGGAUGUCUUUGUUCCACGGAUGCUGCCUUUCUACGAACGGACUCAGAACAAACGUAUUCAGCAACUUCUGAAGGAGAGACAGCUGCAGGACCUCCUGAGACAGGUGAACCGGACCAGAGCGAGACGGAACCUCCUGACGCAGGUGAACCGGACCAGAGCGAGAAGGAGGGACAGGAGAGACUGAUCCGGUUCGGUUCUUCCUGCUUCUUAAUCUAAGCGCUAAACCCAAUAAACUGAGUGAGAAAAAGAAACUGGCAGAACAGUCGUUAUGUUUAUGUCUCCUGAGCUUUAGAGCAAAGUUAAUCUAUCAGGCGUAAAAGACCAGAACCUGGACAGAAUCUCUGGGUCUGUUGGGGUUUUAUACUCAUGUUGUCUGUACCAGCUAAUCCUGUUUUUAAAUAAAGCAAAGUCUCAUCCAGCUGCUGAUGUAAUACUGACUCAUGGUCAUCUGGAUUAGAUCACAGCUCGCCCAGUUCCUAAACUUCAGAUUGCUUCGGAUCUAGAGUCUGUUAAUGUUUAAGGACGUCCUGGUGUGACUAGAACCUGGUAUUUUCUAUUUCAUUUCACAUUUCUAUGUUUUCAUCACCAGACUGUUGGCCUUUCACAUAAAAUUAUCUCUACUGACUUA